GAGCGAACGAACAAGAAGAGGAAGAAGGGGGUCUUGGAGGGGUGCAGAAAAAUACUAUUAUAUCGCCGUUUUGUCGGCCAGAGUCCCACCAGCGAAUGAAGGGGGACUUGCACUGAUUUCGAAAUGGAGGCUCUUAUACCAGUUAUUAACAAAUUGCAAGAUGUGUUUAAUACAGUUGGGGCCGAUGCCAUCCAGCUCCCGCAAAUUGUUGUCGUUGGAACUCAGAGUUCUGGCAAAAGUUCAGUGAUCGAGUCAUUGGUGGGCCGAUCAUUUCUUCCUCGGGGCACUGGCAUUGUCACUCGUCGCCCUCUCGUUCUUCAGUUGAUCUAUUGCCCCAAAGAUGAUCAGAGGCGCACUGCUGAGGAUGGAACCCUCAACUUGGAGGAAUGGGGUCGGUUCCUGCACAAUAAAAAUAAAGUCUUUCGUGACUUUGAUGAAAUUAGGCAAGAGAUUGAGGCUGAAACUGAAAGACUGGCUGGCUCAAACAAAGGAAUUUGUCCAGAGCCAAUCAGUCUUAAAAUCUUCUCCACCAGUGUAGUGAAUCUUACACUAGUUGAUUUGCCGGGAAUAACAAAGGUUCCUAUUGGGGAUCAACCUGAGGACAUAGAGCAGCAAAUUCAUUCUCUUGUUAUCCAGUACACUGGCAAUCCCAACAGUAUAAUUCUGGCUGUUGUAACUGCCAACACUGAUAUGGCCACAAGUGAAAGCUUAAAAAUGGCCAAGGAUGUUGAUGCAGAUGGCCGCAGGACACUUGCUGUUGUUACAAAGCUUGACCUUAUGGAUGCAGGGACUGAUGCUAUCGACAUCCUGUGUGGACGAGUAAUCCCAGUUAAACUCGGAAUUAUUGGUGUAGUGAACCGAUCUCAAAAAGACAUUAAUGAUAAGAAGUCCAUCAAAGAUGCCCUGAAGGAUGAAGCUGCCUACUUACAGAGAAAAUAUCCUACAUUAGCUACACGGAAUGGUACACCGUAUCUUGCUAAAACAUUAAACCGACUGUUGAUGCAUCACAUUCGAGACUGUUUGCCUGAUCUGAAGACUCGGGUCAAUGUGAUGAUGUCCCAGUUUCAGUCUCUUCUUAACUCUUAUGGAGAUGAUGUAUCUGACAAGAGUCAGACAUUGCUUCAAAUCAUCACCAAAUUUGCCUCUGCAUAUUGUUCAACUAUUGAAGGAACUUCUCGCAAUAUAGAGACAACUGAAUUGUGUGGAGGUGCUCGUAUUUGUUACAUCUUUCAUGAGACGUUUGGACGUACCCUCGACUCCAUACAUCCUCUUGCUGGGCUUACCAAGAUGGACAUUCUCACUGCUAUACGCAAUGCCACAGGACCACGUCCAGCCCUUUUUGUUCCCGAAGUAUCUUUUGAACUCCUUGUUAAACGUCAAAUUAGACGCUUGGAGGAGCCAUCAUUGCGUUGUGUUGAAUUAGUUCAUGAAGAAAUGCAGCGUAUUAUUCAACAUUGCGGCACAGAAGUGCAACAGGAAUUGCUAAGGUUCCCCCGCUUGCACGAGAAAAUUGUUGAUGUUGUCACUCACUUGCUAAGGAGACGAUUGCCGACCACCAAUUGUAUGGUAGAGAACUUGGUGGCCAUAGAAUUGGCAUACAUCAAUACCAAACAUCCCGACUUCCACAAAGAUGCUGCAUUGGUCUCUUCUCUCCUUAAAUCAGUAGAAGAUGAACAUCAACAGCAACAAAGAACAACAAAGCGUCCCCACACAAUGCACUUUGCUGAUGCUAUUGACAAUGGAUUGAAGGGUGCUCAUCGAACUACAAGUGAAUCAGGUAGUUCUGCCGGAUGGCUUGCAUCUAUCAUGCCCAAACCAGAAAAUAAAGAUAGUAAAGAAACUUCCAUUGAAAACACUCCCACAGCUAGCCCAACUCGCUCAGAAACUAGCAAUGGUACUGUCAAUGGUCCGAUGAAUGGGCCUUCAAAGGGAGUCCCAGCUGUUCCUGGGUCGGGGGCUCUUAGCCCUCAGAAGCCUGUCAAUUUGCUGCCGGAAGUUCCCAUUCAACACAGCAGAAAACUCUCUGAUAGGGAAAAGAGAGAUUGUGAUGUUAUAGAGAGGCUGAUCAAUUCCUACUUUUACAUUGUUCGCAAGUCAAUUCAGGACUCUGUUCCUAAGGCUGUCAUGCAUUUUCUGGUCAACUAUGUUAAAGACAACCUUCAGAGUGAGCUAGUGACACACCUCUACAAAUCUGAUCAAGCCGAGGAAAUGCUCAGUGAAAGCGAGCAUGUUGCUCAGCGCCGUAAGGAAGCCGCAGACAUGCUCAAGUCUCUUCAGCGAGCCAAUCACAUUAUUAGUGAGAUUCGAGAGACCCACAUGUGGUAAACUUCACCUCUCCCAGUAAUCCCAUCCAGGACUGCUCUAAUCAAAUUUUUAUACACUGUUUUGGUGUCUUUGAACACAUUCAAUUAUGGAUUAAUUUGAUAGUUAUAUUUUGCAUGUGGUGCCAUAUUUGUACUAUCUGUAAAGAAUUUUUUUAAGUAAUUUUAUGCUUACAUAGAUGUUUAGCUUGGAAAUUGAAUGGAGCCACCUGGAUGGAUGGGUUGUGAUGCGUGUGAAUUACGUAGAACAUGCCUGACAUGGUAUAUAUGCAGUUAAAUUUUUCCUAGUAUCAAUUCCAAAUAGCUUCCCUCUUGCAAGUCACUUAAGGUUAUAUGUUACUCGACGAAAACUCUAUCCCAGUAGUUGAGAUGCUUCAGUAGUUAAUUUCAUUUUCAGAAUAUGAGCUGUGUUAGUCCUAGACUGCUUAUGAAGUCUUGGACCAUGUACAUUUAAGUGUUCUUGUGCUAUUUUAUUGAAGUCUUUAUGUUUACUCACUUGUCAUCUAGCAUAUUGAGAUUGUGUGUGAUUAUAUUUCCUUAUUUUAUAAUUUAUUGUCAUUUUUUUUUAAGUGCCCAACUUUACUGUAAAUUAGUUGCAACUGCGUAAUAAACUCACUAUCUAA